AUGGUCAGCAUGCGGCAAUGGCACUUCAUUGUGGGAAUGUUAUUCUUCAACCUAAAAGGUGAGCGGUUUGUGUCUGCCUGUUUACCCUGAAUGAUCAGGGACACACAGGGUAAGAUGGGAAUUGGGGGUGAACGUGUGAUUAUUUCUGCAAUUUAGAGGCAGCCUGACCCAUACACAAGAGAUAUGUGCCUUCAGAGUUUGCCUUCUGGCAAGAUGCAAGGAGUUGGGGUUUACAUAUUCUGCAACAAUGCAAAAUAUCCAAUUUUGCACUGGCUCCAUAGCUUAAAUUUAAGGAAUGUGGGGUGGAAUUUCAGAAUUUAAUGCAUUCUGCCAAUACCUUCAGGGCAGUGGGGGAGGGGGCUGUUAGGAAAGAAGCUGUGUGGACACAGACUCAUUUCUGCAGAGUAAAGAGAGCAAUUCCCCCCUUGUCACAAGCUGCUCAUCCCUGGUGUGGAGAGAGUGUCUCUCUCUACACACCCGGGAUAGGCAGCUCAUGACAAGGGGGGAAUUGCCCUCAUUACUUUGCAGAAAUUGGUGUCGUUGACACAGGGCUGAAGAGAUUGCACCCUCAGCACGACCAUUUCUGUUUGCCUGGUGGAACAACCUGUCCUCUCCGUCCCCUGCGCGCUGUUCCGUGGUUCCCCCAGCCACCCACCCACCCUGAGCCAGUUUGGGGACGAGGCACGAAAAGUGAGGAGAGGAGGGAACGCCCUGCUGCACUACUAGAAGUCCGUGGGUGGAUCCAGCCCACUGAACUAUCAGAAGUGCCCAGCAGCCCCUACAGCUUUGUCUCCUGAGCUGGUUGGGGGAAACAAAGUGCUCUUUCUGGUCUUUAGAGGACCAUCUUUAAAUAGCAGUGCUUUAUCUCCUGUUCUCAGCGCUGAUGAAUGACCUGUGCAAAGGAAAGGCAGCAUUUCCAGGCACCCCAACCUCAGCGCUGGAUUAGGGAAGCAUGGAAAUGCUGGUUGUGCGUGCAUGUGCGUGCACAUGCCUGUCUCUGCUUGUGUGCAAGAGUGAGCAACUGUGUGAGUGUAAGAUAUUGCAGUGCAGUUUCUUGUGGGGAAUGUGCAUGUGCAAGAAUUUUGUGUGUGUGUGUGUGUGAAUGAGAGAGAGAGAGAGAGAGAGAUUUGCAGGUACACUGUUUGGUGUGCAUGCAUGUGUGCGCAUGUGCACAUCCAUUAAGCCAUGUCUACCGCUGGCAUGUGGCAUUUGCAAAGUUGGCUGACUAUCAAUAAAGGUUCUGGGCCCAAAAGGGUUAACUACCCUAGAUCUAAAAAAAAUGAAGUUUAACACUCAUUAUCUUUUCAAAAAGAAGAUUAAGAAUUUCCCAACAAUUCAUAUGAUCACCACCUCCUGCCAACUCCUAGGGACUAAGGGGUCUUCACCCCCCCCAAUAAAACAGUUGAUGGGCAUUGCCAUUCAAAUGGGUGUGUGUGUGCGCACACGCAUUGUGUCAUGUGAUCGAUUAUGUGGGGCGGGGCUUCCCUGUCCCCCAUAUUUUAUUCAAGUAGGUUGGCACACACACCCCGUAGCAGUGACUUUAGUGUAUACCAUCAACUCAUCAAUCAUAGACCCCAAUAUGAAUGAUUUAGUAACUGUACCUUCCCUGGCCUGAUCAGAUCCCCCAUAUUCUGACUGGAGACUUCAGUGGGAGAAGCAAGCUCAUGUCCUAUAAAAAGGAAAAAAUGACUUCCCAUGUUGACAUAUGCUUCAUUUUCUUGUUCUACGGACUAACUAAUCAUUAUCGGUGGGUAUGCGUCAGGGAAACAGCUGUGCAGAAAUCUCUAUCCAUGCAUCCUUAUUGCCAAGGCCACAGUUCUGAUCCAGCCAUGAAGAUGUGUAGAGUAAUUUUAUAUUUUUUUCUCUGAUACCAGAAGGGUAAUAUUGGAGAGCUAACGCCUCACUCCAGGUUUAUUCUGCUUUUCAGGUUGCAUGUCUGAUCUGACUGGUCCUAAAGCACUGAGUGGAUUUUUGGGCAGGUCACUCUCUGUGAGAUGCAGAUAUGAUGCUGGGUUUAUGAAUUAUGUAAAAUAUUGGUGCAAAGGAAGUCCAUGGAGCAGUUGUAAAAUAGUUGUUCGGACGACAGGAUCUGAAGAAGAAAGGACUGCUAGCAGAGUUUUUAUCAAGGAUAAUCAUUCUCGUUUGGAAUUCAGAGUCAGACUGGAGAACCUCACACAGGAAGAUGCUGGGAUUUACUGGUGUGGCAUACAAAGAACUGGCUCUGAUUAUGGAUUCCCUGUAAAUAUUAUUGUUCUCCCAGGUGAGUCCUGUUUCCAAGCCCCACAGGAAACCCAAAAGCCAAAUACAGCUAAAAGGGGAAGAAAACCUCAGAGGGGGACUACGUUCUGUGCACAUUAACCCCAAUGGUGGUUACUCCUUGGUAAGCAUGCUUAGACUUGCAAAUAUAAAGGAGAAUUGCUACUUUUAUACUUUAAAAAAUGACAGUCAUACAACUCCUCCCCUGUAGCACAAAUAUUUUGAUAAUUUCUCACUUUCCAGAAUGAGGUUAUUUUAUCCUUUAAGCAAGGAAAUAAUGGUAAACGAAACAAAUUGUUUUAUGUUGUUGUCAGCUGAGAUGCCCCAGUUGGUAGACCACGAGUCCCUUAAUCUCAGGGUUGUGAGUUCAAGCCUCACAUAGGGCAAAAAGAUUCCUGCAUUGCAAGGGAUUGGACAACUCUACAAUUCUAUGAUGCAGGUGCAGUCAAACCUUGGCUGUCGAACUUAAUCCGUUUCAGAAGACUGUUCGACAACCGAGGAUCAAAGGGCGGUCAGCAAAGUCAAUGGAGAAAAAAGAAAAAAAAACCUCCCCAGAAGCCAUUCGGCUUCCGAAAAUCAUUUGAAAACUGGAGCAGUUACUUCUGGGUUUUGGGCAUUUGGGAGUCAAAACGUACAAUAAUGGAUGCAUUCAGAAGCCGAGGUUUGACUGUAUAACAUUCACAUUAAGGAAAUCUAUGCUUGCAGAAAAUGCUUUCUAUUACAUUGCAGGAUUGAUUAUCAGCAACAUCUCAGUGAGGAAGGGAGGGGGACUUUGUUUUUGACUGCCCAGUGGAUACCAGGCUUCCAGAUGACCUGUUUAUGGAGCAUUCAUCCUGACGUGCGUUCAGGGAGAAUGGAUGACCCUGGUUAUUUGAUGAGAAUUCAUUCCAAUUUGUUCGCAGAGGGGUUAGAUGACAUCAUGUCAAAGCGAGCACCGUCCCACACUUUCCAAUUGCAUUUUGCCAUCACUUUUCCUCAUUCCAAAAAGCCAGAUCUUUUGGGAGGCAGAUUUGUUACAUGUGGCCUCCCAGUCAACUAUCACUACGCAACCUUAAGUUUGUGCGUAUGUGAUUAAAUCACACCCCAAAAUAGUGACUGCCUGGAAGCAUCCACAGUCAAGAGGAUGCGUAAAUAAGACACUAGUGGUUGAAACACUGUCCUGUUCUAUUCUCAGAUUUUUACUAUGGUACGUGCGUCUUGCCAAGAUUGUGGAAUGUACUGCAUGGCAUCAUAGUGAAAGUUGUUGUAAUGCAACUCCUCCUCUGUAGCACAAAUAUAUCUGUGUCAGAAAGGAACCUCCUUAAUUCGUAAGAUGCACUAGCUCAGUAGUUCAUUUACCGGGCUAAAGUUGAGUAGAAUUUCCCAGAAACUGAGCAACAUGGGCGAGAAAGGGAAGUCUGGGGGAAUCCCAGUACUUUGAAGUCACAAGCAUCUGAGUAAGAUGUUGCGGAGAGAAGCAUCUCUCUUAUGGUGUGGCUUCAAGGUGUUGUGUGUGUGUUGCCUGCCCCGUGUACUCCUUCUUUGCAAAUCUCAAGUGAAGGAGCACAACAUUUGAGACUGGUUUUUGGGGUGUGCUUUUUGGAACUAACAGCCCCACUCCCAAUGUUCUCUAAUGGUUGCUGGUAGGAAUAUUGUGUACCAUGUGCACUAAGACAUAGCACUGGUAGCAUUCAGUGGAAUAUUCACAGAGAGCUAACCUACUGACCGGGUGUCUCGUUUCCCCCCCUUAUUGGUAAGCAUCUGCAGAGAUCUCCACAUCUGAUCAGAGCAACAUCCCCGGGGGAAAAAGUUUAAGGCCUCCUUGCCCCUAGGUCCCAUUUCAUGGAUACAAAUAUGCUCUCCAGAAGCUGCUCUUAAUCCUUGUGGAAGUUAAUGAGAGUGGUUCACUGUGGGAUCUUCCACACUUCUCUUUGUCCUGCAAUUUCUUCCUUUUGGUCUUUUCUUUUGUCCCACUGUUUCCCCAGGAAAACCCGCUGAGGACUCACUUCUGCUUGUCUUCUGCAUAAAAAGCACAGGUUUUGCCUUUGCCCCGCAGCUUUCUCCUGGGAAAACAGCCCUCUUUAGUGCUAAAUCGGAACGAAUACAAUCUGUGGAAAAUCCAGUUGUUGUUUGUUCUGAUUCAGCACUAAAGAUUGGGUUUCCCCAGGAGGAACAGCAGGGCAAGCUGAAGUGGGGAGUAAGCCCUGAAUUGGAACAAAAGUCGAUCUGCAGAAAAGCCCAAUUGACAUUUGCUCUGAUUCAGUGGUAACUACAGUGGUACCUCAGGUUACAUACACUUCAGGUUACAGACACUUCAGGUUACAGACUCCGCUAACCCAGAAAUAGUGCUUCAGGUUAAGAACUUUGCUUCAGGAUGAGAACAGAAAUCGUGCUCCAGUGGCGCGGUGGCAGCGGGAGGCCCCAUUAGCUAAAGUUGUGCUUCAGGUUAAGAACAGUUUCAGGUUAAGUACGGACCUCCGGAAUGAAUUAAGUACUUAACCUGAGGUACCACUGUACCAAGUUUUCCCUGGAAAAGCAGUAGGACGAAAGAGAGACCUUUCGCACCCAUGUCCAGAAGUCACCAACCAAACAGAAAUGCAGAUGAGCCGUGUGAAUCAGGCAAAAUGCUCAUGAUUUGGUAAACAUUUUGCAAGGGGGGGGGGGGAGAGAAAUGAUUUCAGCCUGCUUCUAGCAGCAGACUGACCUGAUCCAAUAUUCGCAGACUUGCUUGCUACUCAGAAUGCAGCUCCCAGGAAGAUUACACGUGUCUGUGGAUUUUGCAAUUUCAUUUUGGUGCACUAAAAGUGCACAUAAAAAGUUAGUUUUCAAGUUAAAAAUGACUGUGUACUAAAACAUGCAUUUUGCAUUGAAAUGCAUUGGAAAAAAUCUGUAUUUUUCACAAAAAAGCCCAUAUAGAAUGCAUAUAUUUUCAAUGUGGACUUCUCUUUCAUUCCUUCAAAAGAUCUGCACAAAAUGAGAUGGAGCAGGACUAUAACUGAGCACCAGCUAAACUGAAACAGGAUGGAAUUAGGCUGCUGAGUCCAUCCUUAAUCACCCCGCCCCCUACACUUCCUCCCUCAAACUAUUUCAGCUGUUGCAUGCCUCUUAAUGCUAAUAUUCUAUAGAGGAGUGAAAAGUGACCUAUGUGCAAAUUUAGAUAUUAAGCUUGCCCUCAAAAUUCAAACAUUCCAGCUGUUGAGGAAGGAGAACAACUGUAUAUUAGUGAUCACAACGUAGAGCCUUUUCUGCCACCUUCUCCAGUUCCCGGCGGCAGGUAGACUUAACAAAAAAUCCUGAAUGUUUUCCUAAUCACAGGUGACUCAUGAAGUUUUGUUUUGUCGACACUUGCUGAUUUUAUUAAUGGUGCUGCUUUUUUUGUUGUUCCAUUUUUUCAUGUUUUUAAAAAUUAACUAUAGUUCAAUAUAUUUUUUAGAAUACUUUCACAAACCAACCAAUCCACAAGCAAACAAACACACAAGCUCUCUCAGUGUUGCAGAAUGCCACAGAAUAUAAAAUGCAGAAAAAUUCGUGCUAGCUAGCUACUUAUGUGAAGGAAACAAGCGGUUUAGAUGGUGCAAGGGGAAGGAAGCAGCAGAACAUACUGGGCAGCUGCAGCCACAGUGGAAGAACAGACAGCUUUCCUGGAGCUGAGUAUGUUUGCACAAAACUGGUUGGAAAGGGCUGUGAAGCAGCCAUGCAGCAAGAAACCUAAAGAGUUAUUAGGUGUACCUGAAACACUUCUCUUUGUUUCCGGUGAGCAACUCAUAUUUCCCCCCUCCACGACAUACUGCUUUUAUGAAAUAUUAAUAUUCUUUUCAUGAUAUCUAUUUAACAUUAUUUUUUAAAAAAACAAGAACAGAACACCAGAGUUGCUUUCAUCAGUGCCUUUUUUUAAAGACACCAAGAGAACCGGGGUAGAAUGUCCAUUUGAAGCUCCUCCCUGCCUUUUCCUUCUCACAGCACCUUGUGGCCCUCCAUGCCUGGGGGGCCCUCUGAGAAGGUGAGCACUGGCGGAGGAAUAGGGGUGUGGGGGGUGCAGUCCACCCCGGGUUUCUUCCCUGGGGGGGUGACAUUGCUGUGCCACCUCCAGGACACUGGCCCCGCGGGCAGCUAGCUCCGCCCCUGAGUGCACAGCAUGUGUGCCGCUCCAGGUGCCAGAGCAGCUAGUCCCGCCUCUGAAGGCGAGGAGCGUGGCAAGGAGCGAAUGAGCUUUCUCAGGGGGGUCUCCUCUUUUGUGGAAUGUGCUCCUCAGGAAAACACGCCUGUGGCACAAUGCAUUGGACAAGACACUCCUGUUUGCUCAGAAUUCUGGUCUUUUAACUUAAGAUUGCACAGCAAUAUAAUUUGUGGCCUCUUUGUGCUCAUCUCUUAGUGGAGUUGAGUAGAACCCCUCUUUAUUGUUGUUGUUAUUAAAUUAUUAUUAUUAUUAUUAUUAUUAUUAUUAUUAUUAUUACUACUACUACUACUAUUAACAUCUGUUAGUCACUUUAUCUUGCCCAAGGCAACUCAGAGCAACUUACAACCAAAAAAAUCUAGGCAGCUUGCAUUGCAUAAAAGGUAUGUCACAAAAUCGGUGAACACAGGGUGUCCGUGUGGGUAGGAAGUGCCUUUAAGAUACAACCUCUCACCUCAAGAGAUUUGACUUGUAGAGCUCUGCAGGUUGCUAAGGUUGUUCAGUUGUUGUUGACUUACCAACUCUUGGAAUCUUUAUUUUAUGGUGUUUCAUUCUGUGUAUUUAGUUUGAAAUUAUUCAGAGGAUGUUUGAUAUGCUAUAUAUUUGUUAGUCACUUAGGAAAGUGUGUGGUUGUUGUUGUAUUUUUGGUAGAAAGUAAUGAAUAAAUGCAAUGAAUAAUGACAGUACCUACUCAGAAGCAAGCCCUCACUGAGUCUCUGCUCACUUACCUGGGAGUAAGCCUCCCUGAAUUCAGUGGGACUUACUUCUGCGUACAUAUGACUGCAGUAUUAAUGAAACUUAUCCACGGUUGUAUAUUUCUAAUUUUUUAUGAUUACUCCAAGAUUAUAUUUUCUAUCUUGUGUUGAAUAAGAACACAAUGCAUGAAAACGAACACUGACUGAUAGAAUUCCAAAGUACGCGCCCCCCCCCCACUUUGGCCUAAUGUCCCUAGUGUUACUUUUCCAUACAGAAGGAGAGGGUUGUGAGUGUUGUUUACUCUGUUCUUUUCAGGUCCUUACUCUGGAUUACCCAUCAUCAGUAAUAGUACAGUGAGUGGACCCGUGGGUGGGUCGUUAUCUGUCAUAUGCCGUUAUUCAGAAGCAUAUGAAUCCUAUCUGAAAUUCUGGUGCAAGGAUCUGAAAUACCAGUGCAAGAAAAUUAUUGAAACAACAGAAUCAUCUUCCCUAGUGAAACAGGACAGAUUCUCUAUCAAUGACAAUCGUAGCCUCUGCCUAUUUACAAUUAUUACAGAGAACCUGACUCUGGAGGAUAUUGGGCAAUAUCGGUGUGGGGUAAAUAUACCACUUGGGUUUGAGGAUUAUUUUCCAGUCACUGUGGUUGUCUUGCAAGGUAAGUUCUUUCCCUGACUUUUUGAGACAGAUUUGGAAGUCAAUAUUCAUGUUAGUACAAAAAACAAGAGGUACACGUUACGAGCUAAAAAGCAAAAAGUAGACAAAAGCAUGCAAAAGGCUGAUUCGAAAAUUUAAUUUAUGUGAAUAGUAGUGUUUUUGGCAUCAGAUGCUCAUGAGCAAAAAACAGAUGGGGUAGCUAGCAUAAAGUUUUGUUGUUGUUGUUGUUUAGUCGUGUCCGACUCUUCGUGACCCCAUGGACCAGAGCACGCCAGGCACUCCUGUCUUCCACUGCCUCCCGCAGUUUGGUCAAACUCAUGCCGGUAGCUUCGAGAACACUGUCCAACCAUCUCGUCCUCUGUCGUCCCCUUCUCCUUGUGCCCUCCAUCUUUCCCAGCAUCAGGGUCUUUUCCAGGGAGGCUUCUCUUCUCAUGAGGUGGCCAAAGUAUUGGAGCCUCAGCUUCAGGAUCUGUCCUUCCAGUGAGCACUCAGGGCUGAUUUCCUUAAGAAUGGAUAGGUUUGAUCUUCUUGCAGUCCAUGGGACUCUCAAGAGUCUCCUCCAGCACCAUAAUUCAAAAACAUCAAUUCUUCGGCGAUCAGCCUUCUUUAUGGUCCAGCUCUCACUUCCAUACAUCACUACUGGGAAAACCAUAGCUUUUACUAUAUGGACCUUUGUCAGCAAGGUGAUGUCUCUGCUUUUUAAGAUGCUAAGUUUGUCAUUGCUUUUCUCCCAAGAAGCAGGCGUCUUUUAAUUUUGUGGCUGCUGUCACCAUCUGCAGUGAUCAUGGAGCCCAAGAAAGUAAAAUCUCUCACUGCCUCCAUUUCUUCCCCUUCUAUUUGCCGGGAGGUGAUGGGACCAGAUUCCAAAUACAUUCUUCAUCAUUGUACAUACAUAUUGCAUAAAGGGGACCAGGAAAGAUUUUCUUCAGUGAGGCUUGUAUGAUCAUAAGAUUGUAAUAUGUAUAUACACUGAUGAAGGAUGUAUUUGAAAACGGGUGCCUUAUGCUAGCUACCCCGUCUGUUUUUUGCUCAUUAUCAUUUCAUGCUGAAAACACUCAUAUUCAUGUUAGGGCAUUGGGUACCAGAGGAGGGGGCCCAAGAACUGGCCCUCCCCACUUUUCCAUUGCUAUUCUCUGGAUACAAUGAUUUUGCAUUCAGUGGCUCAGGGCACUGAUCCCACCUAAUACAGUUGGUUCAAAUGUUCAGGAAAAGGACAUUUUGCAUUCAUCCCAGGCCAACAGGCAGGAACUGCAGAGAAGUAGGAGGCUGUAUAUUGAAGCAGCAGAAGCCUAUGUCGUGUGAGGAUGAACAACCUAAGAAUGGAAAUAUACUUUGCAAUCCAAAAAAUUAAGUACUUGUCACACAACAAGCAACAUCCUUUCCCUGCAAUCUCAGAUUACUGGAAUUGCCCGAAUGCUGGGGAGGAGCUACAGCUAGACCAGGAAGGUGGCGGCAGAUGUGAGGAACACCGGUCGCUCUCUGUUUCCCCAGGAAGUUCUCUUGCUUUCGUUUUGAAGUUCUUGUACAAUUCCUCACCUACCAAGCCAUAGAAAAGCAAACCUCAGUUGACCACAACUGUGUGUCAGACACAUGACCAUGGAAAGAGCUCUGCGGUCAUAGUUGGAACACAUAUUGAAUGUGGGACCAUUGACAUUUGCCUUCUGUCUUAUUGCAAUUGGUAUGGGAAACUACUUUACAUUAUGAACUCCCAGACCAAGUUGGUCCUUGCUCAGUAAAUAUAUGUUGAAACAGUUCACAACAACUUGUUUCACACCGUCUACUCUUCAUAUUUGAAUUCAUAUUGAGGGUGACAAUUGCUCAUGCACACCCUCCAACUGUCCCUAUUGUAAAGGAACAUUCCUGGAUUUAAAGAAGUCAUCCCGGCUUCUGAUUGGAUUCUGGAAUGUCCCAGGGAUAAGUCAGCGCUUGAAGCCAGUGCUGGCACUUGCUGUAGUGCUGCGCUCUUCCAUGAGUCAGCUGACUAGGGCCACACUCUGGCAUCCCUAUUUUCAUCAGGGGAAUGUCGUAGGGUAUGCUAACAUUGCUCUGAUCUACCACUACUUCCCUCACUUCCGUACCAGCUUCCCUGUAGAGCUUUCUGUCCAUUGUGCUUUUUUGAUUUUGACUUCAAGCAUUGCAGUACAUGUGGAUACUAGGCCCUGUGACGGGCAAAGAUUACAGGUGUUUUAUUUUUUCUUCUUCUCAACCUUCUGCUCUGCCACUCUGAGGCUGGUGCCAGCAUGAAGGUAGGUUACCUGACUCUGCUUUACCUGUGAGGCUGAGAUCUGGGUCAGGAAACCUCAUGCAAACAGUUGGCUGUGUGUAAUAUCAGAGGUUGCACAAGAUUCUCCUCGCAAUACUGUUCUUACCACAGAAGAGGAACAGCAAACUCAUGCUGGUCCCCAGCCCCAGCCAUUACACCGCUCACAUCAGUAAACGGUUCAAGUAAGCAGCUAUUUGCACAGGAAAGCAAGCUGAUAUAUCAUCUAACCAGGGCUCCAUCCAGACUAAGCUAUUUUAUGGGCAAUAUUCAAACACAGACCAGGAAAUUUAGGUGGCGCAACCAUAGUGAGUUUCAUGUUUCUCUGCAGCAAAUCCACUCUCCCGACAAUUUGACUUUUUGAAGGAAAGAAAAUGCACUAGAAAGUGUGCAGUAACACUUAAUUUGACUUGACGUCAUACAACUUCCCUGCAAAGGAUUACGAAUGACUGCUCAAUGAACAGCUGACAUUGUAUAACCUCCUUGCAAAGUUUAUGCAAACAGAUUGGGAUGAAUGUUCAACUAAUUGGCCAUCUGGAAGUGCCCUGGCUCUUAGAAACUGAGUGAGGCUCGGUUUCAAUGAUGACAGAUGUAGGCGGCCGUCCAGAGGAACUGGUGGACUCAUGAUGCCUUCACACAUGCACUCUUGACUGUACAAUAUAAUGGUAUAUACAUAUAGAGAGGUGGGAUGAAGUCUGUGUUUUUGUCUCUGUUUUAGAGCCUCUCACUACUACAGUAGAAGCAGCAGCAGUAACUACCAGAGGCCCAGACUCAGACUCUGAACCACCAGGGUAAGGACGGAACAACAGAUGUCUGUCAAAAUGCUGGUGUAGGGAAAUCUAAGACUCAUUUCCAUUUGUGGUUUCCAGCUUCUGUUUACUUCUGCUGUGACAGUGCUGCUUUGUGUAAGGAGCAAAAGGCAAGCUAACCACUGAGCAGUCCAUGAGAAGUAUUUCACAUGUUAUGUUAAUUCUGACACGGAACAGAAAACAUUUGUUCUCCUAAUUGCCAAUUGGGAAUUUCGGCAGGAUACUUUCAGAGCAGGGGUGAAGAACCAAUGAUCCUCCAGAUGUUGUUGGACUACAGUGGUGCAGUAGUUAGAGUGUUGGACCAGGGGCCAGGAAGACCAGGGUUCAAAACCCCACUGAGGGAUGAAGCUCAGUGGAUGUCCUUCAGCCAGUCACAUCCCUCAGCUUAACCUACUUCACACCAUUGUUUUGAAGAUAAAAUCGGGAGGCGAGAGCCAUGGAUUCCACCUUGAGCACCUUGGAGGAAAGUGGGAUCUAAGGGAACAACUAAAUUAUUUCCAACAUCCCUGAUCAUUGGGCAAUGCUGGCCAAUGAGAGCUGAAGUCUAACAAUAUCAGGAGGGCCAUUGGUUUCUCCAUAUGUAGAAGGAAAGAGAUCUGCAAGGAGGAGGGAGAAGGGGCAUUGGAGAUGUCAGUUCCCAGUCACGCAGCAGCAAAAGUAGGGAGUGGAGUUUAUCCUUCCCCUUUAUCACAAUCCGAAGGGGUUUCUCUCUUGCGGAGGAUCAUUCAGAGCUCCCAAAUUCUAUCCAGCAAGGUCCCAUUCACAUUGCAGAGCUAUGUGCCAAAGAACAAGCAGCAACCAACGCAUCAUGUCUCACAUACUUCCUGCCUUUUUCAUAUCCCAGCCUUUUCAUCACAAUCCUGUUGCCGGUUAUUUUUCUGGUGCUGGUGGUGCUCUUAGUAGCAGCCUUGCUGCUAAUGCGGAGCCUAAAGAAGCAAAAAGGUGAGUGGAUGUGUGCAGGAAGUCCCUGCAUUUUAUCUUUCCUGUCUCAUCCUUUCUGUCUGCCCCUACCUUUCCAUCUCCCAUGCCUCUCCACUGUCGUUUCUGGUUUCCUCCAUAUUUUCAGGUCAUUUGAACUUUGCGUGACCUCAGACUCCUGAAAUCUGGUUACGCGUCUGUUAACAACUAACUGAAGACCUCCAGUGCAACCCUAUAUAUGAGCUAUCCUACUGGGCUGGCAUUGGAGUGGGACGUCAUUGUUUUCCGCACUUUUUUACUUGGUUGUAAAUUGCGUUGGGACUUUUUUUUUUAGUGGGCAGCAAUACACAAAUUUAAUAAGCUUAAUCUAACAAAGUGGUGUGGAAUGUUAUGUUUUUAAACUGAUUAUACUGCUGUUCAAAGCCUGCCCUGGUCUCUACUACAAUGAAGGGCCUGCUCAAAAUAUUUUAAAUAAGUGAACAGACACUUCCUUUGGCUGAACUUGUAUACAGUCAUAACUACAGUUAAUAUAUUUCUCCAGCUAUAGCCACUCAAUGCAGCUUUAAUUGCCCCAAUAUCACACCCAGGAGCUACUUAUGGAGGCCUUGAAAAUUGUUUUAUUGUGGCUACCUAAAAGUAGCAGUGCAGAAGAGCAGAUAGCAGAAGUGAAACUUUCUGAAAAAAUAAACUGGGUUAUUUUCUAAAGCACGUUGCUGUUUAGGUGAUGCUGUGCUGAGGCAGAGGAAGGAGGUGGAAGAACAGAACAGCCCCUUCAUGCAAAACAUCUGCCUCAACCCAGACCAAUACAGAAGUUGGAUUAGGAGGGCUGAGGAAAUCUGUACCCACUUUCCACAGCCAGCUACCCACAUCUCCUUUGAGAACAUUUCCUUCCUGCUAUGUGAAGAUACUGUGGAGAUGCUCAUUCUUUCCAAAUGCUUGUUUUCCUAUUUCCCUGACCUGCUUUUAAAAUGAAAUGGAAAAAAAAAUAGUUUUAAGACACUGAUGUGACAUUGCAGCCUAUCUGCUAUCUUUUCAGCUGCCAAAGCAUGUGGGGAUAUCCUCCUGUCUACGGUAAGUGGCAAAAGGACUUCUCCCUUCCCUUCCCUUCCCUUCCCUUCCCUUCCCUUCCCUUCCCUUCCCUUCCCCUCCUCUCCUCACUUUUGCCUUCAACCUCAGCAGGCUUGCUGAACCAAAUUCUUGCUCUUCCCAGAAUGCUAAGAGUAGUUUCAGGGAGCAUUCACUUUAAAAGGCCACUUCCCUUGACCCACGCUGAUCCACUCCCAGGACAUCCUGUUACAACUUCUGUGGAACUCGGUACAAUAGGGUACCAUUUUCUUUCAGGUAGCUUACUGUGGUGCUAUACUCAGACAGUUCUUGCACCUGUUGUGAACCAAGAUUGCAGGCGAUAGCUCCGUGUGCGUUUUUUUGGCCACGUGCAAAUGUCUUGGGGAAACAUAUCCUGAGAUAAUGCUACAGAUACAAAGGGGUAUGGGGGGGUCUGCUCAAAGAUACCAAAUGGAACACUGUGUUGUUUUUGGUUUAAUUUCAGGCUCCUAAUCGUGCAGAAGGCAAUACAUCUGGUAGAACUGAGAAGCCAAAACAGAGACCUCACCACAAGGCAGCUCCGCCCAGUUCCCACCAAGCAACAAACCACACAGAAGAAGUGGAAUAUGCAACCGUGAUGAAAGCUUCGUCUUCUGCUUCUCAGCCAGAGGUUCUUCCCUUGAGUAGAAAAUUUGCCAAUGCUUUUUGCUCUUUUUAUAUCCCACCUUUGAUCUCCACGCACGUUAAGGGGGCAGCGCCUAAAAACUUAUAUCGUUUUUGAGCACAUCACAAAGGCAGUUUUGGAAAGACGACUGUUGCUUCGUGCAAUUGAUUUCCCAGUUAGUGAUUCACAAAGAACCCUGGGGAAAUGCAUACGCCAUAAAUUAUAGCCCAGACCACGACCACAACGACCACCACCUAGUAGUAGGUUUCUCAAAAUAUAUGCCUCUGUUAGUAGUGCAAAAUUGGUCUUAGUUCAUUUUGGUCUGCAUUAAGUCUGGCGAUGCCAGGACUGCAUAAAUAGUAGGCAAGAUCCACACGAGCUCUCUUAGGUCCAGCGCAGGAGCAUGUCAGUUACUAUGCAUGUGCCCCAAAGUGUGACUGUCACUGCUUAUAUUGGACUUUAAAGACACAUUCUGUUGUCCUUAAGUCACAAUGUGGCGCUGCAGUCGACAGAGGUUUUUCCAUGAUGCAACAAACUCCCAAAAGAGUGGGCCAAAGCAAAUGUGGGUGGAUGUUGGUUGCAACACCACGCAUUCCCCACCAUCCCUUUGGGUCUUCCUUCUUCUGAAGCAUCGCUGUUGGUCAAAGCUAGACAUGGGAUGCUGAGUGGCAUGAACUUCCAUGGCAAUAGUACUCCCUCAUGGCAGAGAGAUCAUGCAUGUUUACUCUCUGUACCACAGCAGUGAUGACUAGAGCUUCCAAGCCACUACUAGCAAAUUCUGCCAAAGUACAAUCUUGCAAUAUGUUAUGCAAACCAAGAGUGUGUGCACUUGUGUUGCAUAUUAUGGGAUUAUCCUGCGCUUCCUCCAAGGAACAGGAUCUUUGACAGGCUCUGAGAGGCUUGUGGGUUGACUGUCGUUUGAGAGCCUGCCUCCCUGCUCUUUCCAUUGGAAUAGACUGUUUGCCAGUGUUGAUGAGAUUUUCCCUCCAUGUUUGAGACAUGGGGCUCCCUGUCAGAUAGGCUAUGCUGAGAGAAAUUAGAACCCCCCCGUUUUCUGGGGUUUGGGUCUGACUCUCCCCAGUCCAAAUAGAACACACUGCCCAUUAUAACAGGGAUGGAGAACCUGUUUUAGCUGGAGGCCCACAUUCCCUUCUGCACAAACUACUUGCGAAUUUUACCUUGUUUCUGCACACCCCUUGCACACCUCCAACCAGGCAAGCAAGAGGCAUAAUCGGAGUUCACGGACAUAUGGCAGCCAGGCAAAAACACUCAAUGAGAAUGCAAAGCUUAGCCAGUAAGUGGUGUGGCCUGGGGACAGUCCCAAGGGCCAAAAAGAGAGGUGUGGAGGGCCACAUUUGGCCCCUGGGGCUGAGGUUCUCCACCCCUGCACUACACAACGCUGCCUCCUCGCACCCUGCAAUGCUUUCUCUUCUUGCAAUAGUCCCUGCCUCCUUGACCAGUGCUGUUGUUGUUUUUUCACUUUCUAGGUUCCUACAGCUACAGAACAGGUAUCAUAUGCCUCCUUAAGUUUUCAAGGUCCAGUUGAAGAAGCUACGUACGCCAAUAUGUAG